AUGAUCAUGUUACAUCUACAAGAAUUACAAUCCAGUCCCCUCCUCUCACCUAGCCAAGAAUUACAAUCCAGACCCCUCCUCUCACCUAGCCAAGAAUUACAAUCCAGUCCCCUCCCCUCACCUAGCCAAGAAUUACAAUCCAGUCCCCUCCCCUCACCUAGCCAAGAAUUACAAUCCAGUCCCCUCCUCUCACCUAGCCAAGAAUUACAAUCCAGUCCCCUCCUCUCCACUAGCCAAGAAUUACAAUUCAGCCCCCUCCUCUCCACUAGCCAAGAAUUACAAUCCAGUCCCCUCCUCUCACCUAGCCAAGAAUUACAAUCCAGUCCCCUCCUCUCACCUAGCCAAGAAAUACAAUCCAGUCCCUCCUCUCACCUAGCCAAGAAUUACAAUCCACCAAGAAUUACAAUCCAGUCCCUCCUCUCACCUAGCCAAGAAUUACAAUCCAGUCCCCUCCUCUCACCUAGCCAAGAAUUACAAUCCAGUCCCCUCCUCUCACCUAGCCAAGAAAUACAAUCCAGUCCCCUCCUCUCCACUAGCCAAGAAUUACAAUUCAGCCCCCUCCUCUCACCUAGCCAAGCAUUACAAUCCAGUCCCCUCCUCUCACCUAGCCAAGAAAUACAAUCCAGUCCCCUCCUCUCCACUAGCCAAGAAUUACAAUUCAGCCCCCUCCUCUCACCUAGCCAAGAAUUACAAUCCAGUCCCCUCCUCUCCACUAGCCAAGAAUUACAAUCCAGUCCCCUCCUCUCACCUAGCCAAGAAUUACAAUCCAGUCCCCUCCUCUCACCUAGCCAAGAAAUACAAUCCAGUCCCUCCUCUCCACUAGCCAAGAAUUACAAUUCAGUCCCCUCCUCUCACCUAGCCAAGAAUUACAAUCCAGUCCUCUCCUCUCCACUAGCCAAGAAUUACAAUCCAGUCCCUCCUCUCACCUAG